ACCGCCAACUCUUAUUAUUCUCAUGGCUGACAAGUUUGGUAGACACAAAUCCGCCCGGUGGGUGCGAGCCUCUGUCCCGUCGUAUGGAGAUGAAUGGAAUGACGAUGAGUAUGACUACAGCAGCGGCUCCGACUCAUCGAAUCAUGUCACCUCCCCAGAUAUAAAUAACGUCGUGGCAGAGAGAUUCGUACUUCCCGAACAUCAAUUAGCACCACAAACUCAAAAGUCGCCUUCUGGUAGCCCCCAGAAGAAGCCGGAUGAAAAGCUCGUGCUUUCUAUCGACAAAAUGCAAACGGAAGAUUCAGACUCAGACGAUGACCAUCAGCUGAAUCACGAAAGACCUCCAUCAAAAAUGGGGCUUCAUGACGACAAUGGAACCAUCAAACAAACCAUCAUUUCACACCCACAGCCGGUGGACCAAAAUAUUGGCCCGGACUUGGAGCCUCCAACCCCAAACUUCACUCUGGCCACAGUACCAGCACCGUAUACUCCUGAGACCCCAUCAUCAGAGCAAAGCUUUCAAUCUGACGCUGAUUCGAUCCAGAACGAAACUGCAUUGCGUGUAGCUGACCACAGCCGUAUUGGUCUGCUGGUUGAUAAGGCAUCUCGCUUGGGUGACCAAGAUGUAAUUGCAGAAGGUCAACCAGCCGAGUCUAAGCUUGAAGCCGAAGCCAAUGCUCCGUUGGUGUUAUCCAUUGACGGGCGAAACUUCGAGAAUUCUGACUCUGAAACUGACCAGGAUGAUCCCAUUCCGUACUACGAGAAGAGGUUUGAUGCUGAUGCUGCUACCGAAACAGCCCUGGAAAAUGAACAGGGCAAUGAGACUUUCGAUUCACUUAUUCAGGACUUGCAAAAUGCGUCUAUGGUCUCUAGUGCUGGCAAUGGAUCAGGUGACCGUGAAAUGUUGCCUCCAAUUGACACAAAUGUCUCUUUACCCGACUUUGAAAAUGAAUACAGCUACUACGACUACGGCUACGAUGACGGAGACCAGAGUGCCGAGGUUACACCCAUUGCUCCUCUCGCUACUAAGGACGAACAGAGAAUACAUCAACAAUAUGUCCAAGGGUUGACAGGACAUAAGCCAUCGGUGCGUAAACCUCCUAUGGAUGUGCAAAUACCGGCUAGCGAGUCGUUAGGACCUGCGAGUGACACAGAGACUAUUGAAGAAGAACCCAGUGACCAUGAUACUACUGAACCCGAUACCACUCCAACAGAGACAGAAGCUCCAGAAUAUCCAGACGUCAAGACUCCAGAGUCAAGGCUUCCUCCACAAGAACAAGGCGGUGAACUACAUCCGGUAGCUUCAUCAGGGUCAUUAUCCACGGGAAAGCUUUCUUUUGACCAACGUGGAGAGUCUUUCGAACCUCCCUCUUCUGAGAAGGAUCUCAACAGAAGAGACUCCACCAUGAGUACCAACACAUUCUCAAUGGGAGCAUGGAAGCCAAAUACCAAUAACUUCAGAGACAGAUUCAUAGGAGACAACGACAACGAGUCUGCUUUCAACUUCAACAUGGAAGACCUGAACGCCGGGUAUCAGCGGUUCACAAAACCAAGAAAUGUUUCAGACAAUAUGUCGAUGCUCAGUGCUCCUUCAAUACCGGAGACAGUCGAUGUUGCAUUACCCAGUAUUCACGAGGACUCAGAUUUGGAUGAAGAAGACGAGUUUCAAGACAAUACUUUCGGUAGUGGUACAAACACCUCUGAUGGCAGUGCGUCCAACGAACGUGGUAUUUCCAACAGCUCGCUCUUAAGUAGUCAUGAGUACAAUGAAGGAAAGUUCAACGAGCAGAUGAGCUCACUGGAUUCGGUGGUUAAGACCAAAGCCCAAAGGUAUACCAGUCUUCUCUCCCCAGUUGCAGACAACGAAGGUCAAUCCAACCGGUCGAUUUCUGAAAGUGAAAGUACAAACUCAAAUACCCCCAGCGGGGAUAUUGACGUUUCUACCGUUACCAUUUCUACAAGAAAGACUUUCCCACCUAAUUCUUACCCUGUUUCGAACUGGAAAACCAUGAUGAAACCGUCACAGCCUCAAGAUAGAAUCAAAUUGUUGAAAGAGGCUUUGAUGAAGGAGUAUGCUUAUGACACUGGCUUACAGACCUGGCUACACGAGACCCUUACCAAGUCUGACAACUCCUCCAACAUGCACAUUGGUGAAAUCGCUUCUCAGGCAUAUCAAAACGCUGCGCAUAAUGAUUUGAGAAGACAUGUUUCGAUAAGAAGCCGAGUUUCUAGUGUCAAGGAUAAGGUGGAGACCGGAGGGUUACAUGCUUCGAACUUGGGUAAGAAAUUCUUCAGUAGGAGUAAGAAACUUAUGAGAUCUACUUAGCCUUGUUAUACGUUUUAUUUGACUGCGAAAAA